UCAGCACGGAGGGUCACGGUUUUGUUACGGCGUGUGUAUCGUUUGUUUAACUGUCCCUGUUCGAUCUCUUUUCGCUAAGAGAACGAUAACAGCGUUACAAAAAUGGCAAACCAUUCAAACAACAAGCUAGUGUUGUUAGACGAUGAGGUUUUUUCGCGCAUUUAUACUGCUGGUACAAGUGUGAAGAAAUUUAAGCAUUCGCUGGGAAUGCGGAACCAGGAUGUGGAUGUGAUGAAAUUGAGCGAAUUUGUUCAACGACUCGUGAAGAGCCGUAGUCUGCCACUCGAAGUGAAUGCCAAAAUUGUGUGCGGAAUGGGACAGAUUCUUCUGCAGCAUUCGCAGGAAAUUCUGGCUGAAGUGCUGGCUGUCCAACAGAGGUCUUCGCUGAACCACCGUAUCGGAUACGGUGAAAAGAACGUAGUAAGAAAGCUGAAGGUACAGCUAGCAUGUAAGACCGGUGUAGUUAAAAAUCUUGCAGCUCCACUGGAUUUGGAUCUAGAAGUUGUCAACUUCGAUGUGGACAUCCAGGAGCAAAUUACUGAAAAAGAGGUCAUCUAUUCGCUGUCGUGUAACGAUACCACCACGGUAAAAAACGUGGAAGACAUCACUAUGCGCGACGAUAUGCAAUCGGAAUGCUACGGAACCCAACUUCAACUAACUGAUGAUAAUGAUUUUGGCGAAACUUUGCCCUCAGAAAUGAUGGAUUUUCUCUGUUUCAAUGAUCAACUGACAGAAGAUUCGGUUGCUCAAAUCCAUCCGGAACCGGCUACCUUAGACGAUAUGAGGGAUAUUGAUCUCUCGGUAGAUGCAGAUUUCGAUAUGCCAAAUACGAGCAGCUACACUGAACAAGCUUUAGAAGACACAUUAGAACCCCUGCCGUUGGAAACUCUUUAUGAUAAAGACACCUAUACCUGUGAAGACCCAGUGCACGAGGAUGGCGAUAACGCUCACAAUCUGCUUGUGGAGCAUGUAGUUGAAAAGCAGAAUACACUUAUAGAGAAGUGUAAGAUGGGACAAAAACGACGGCUGAUCAUCGAUGCUUUCACACAAAUUAAUAGUAAAUAUUUCCACCGAGCAUUGUCCGAUCCGUCAAUUUCUAUAAGGCCUAGACCUAGCUGCCAAGAGUUACUUGCUGAACAUAGAUUGCAUAGUCUUUUCACGAAACCAUUGCGUGAUUGCUGCAAUAGCUCGAAGUUCGAUCGUAAGGUACAGCCGUCCAGGAAGCGCAACCAAGGUUUCGACGACUACCAUGACUUGGGCAAGAAAAGGCGACAUCAUAUGAACGAAUUAACUGUCAACAAAGAAUCCACGGUACAGAUUGGCGGAAAACAGCAAAAUGUGUUAGAUUUAGCACCAGAACAAUCUUGCCGAAAUCCACAUAUUGCCUCAUUUGGGCCUAUGAAGUCGUCGGAUAUGAAAAUUUUCCUAGCGUCCUUCACCGGGACCCAAUCGCAAUGGGCGAUACUGCAAAGUUGCGAACCUUCAUCAAGCGGAGUAAAACAGAAUAAGAAUGACCAAAGCGUCGUUUCACAGUACGCUGUAAAAACGCUGCUGGACGCUAUGUUUGCUGAGUCGACAGACGAUUCCAUACCGUUCAAGUUGCUACAGACCAAAAUGGGUAAUCGAUUGAUUGCUGCAACUUUCUUCGCAAAGCUUCUAGAACUUUCGAAGGACAAGAUCAUUCGGGUGUCUUCGGACGAAAACAGAACUCCUGUUAGUGUACAUAAGUACAUAAACUGGAAGUAACUAGCACUGAAGAAGGAGUUGCUAAAAAACGCUAAACCUUUUUUUAGAUUUUCUACUAUACGUGGAAUAUGGAAAGAACUUCAAUUGAACAAAUAUGAAUAAAACUUCAAACAAUUAAUAACUUCCAGUACGUAGGA